UUGGAUACAAAGUCGGAGCUGACAGCUUGGUCCUUGGAAUAGUCCGUCUUUCAAAUAGAGCAAAGAAAACGGGAGAAUUCGUUGCGAUGGACGACAGGUCGACCAAAUGUCCCAGUUAGAAGAAUGAUUUAAGAGCAUCGUCUCAUUGGAAUUUGAUUAUGUGUUUAUCGAAUGGAUAUUGCAGCGUUAUGAUACGCCCAUGCGACGAGGUGCAGGAAUGUUGUGAUGCACAGUGAACGAUCUAGGGAACCAAAGGAUAUAUCUGAACCCAGAAAAUACGCUUAUUUUGAGCGGAAGCCUGGAAGAGCGCAUGGAUGUACCAUAAACCUAAUCUCUGGAUUACAAGAAAUAUUGUUGCAGGGUAUAGAAAGGGACUAAAUGGAUAUUAUUAUUAUUAUUUGUAUUAUUAUUGUAAAGAUGGUGGACGCAUUCUCUGCUGGCUUUAAUUUGGGCAACAUAAACACACUAUGGAGGAGAAUUUCGUUGCCUAAUCGCCAUCACCACGACCUGGAUAAAAGUCACCUUUAUGCUAGCCAAUCGCAUCACUUUCAUUCCUCAUAGAAAUAUCAUAUCUUCAAUAUUAUAUUAAACAACACAACGUUCCGCUUAAGCGUGUUAAAAAUAUGUAUUGAUAUACGCAACAGACUCUAGCUUUAUGAAUCAGCUGCUCGGUAACAAUAAAAGGUCUAGCCGCUGUCAAAACGACAAUCAAUGAAAAUGAGGGCGAAAUGAUCGAAGUAAACACUCGCACGUGCAAUUUAUAGAGAUAGGACGUGGAUUAAAAAGCAGAUCUACAGUAGGUAUAGUAACAUUUAUCCCAAGGAUAAUUAAUUUAAAUGUUUAAACUCUGAUUACAUGGUUUAAACGCAAUGUUGAAAACAUUAUAUGUCGACUAAACCAAACAGUCCUAGGCACUGCCACUCUGUUGUAAUUCACAUCUUAAAAUGGACGCGCGCUUUUCUUAAGAGCUAUUUAGACUCAAACUGGCUAAUAACGUUGCCGAUGUUCAGGAUUUAAACGAUAUAAAAGAGGCGUGUAGAGAAAUAUAAUAUAGGUGGGAAUAUUUGUGGAUGCUAGUGCAGCUCUGCAAGCCUGUCAUAGUUUAGCUGGAGGGGAAAAAUAUCUGAAGACGCCUUAAGCCUGCGCAUGCAUGACUUUUAAGACUAUGAAUAUUCAUUAGCAUCCAUUGCAAAGAAUAACGACGAUAUCCUGUGCAUUUAUGCAAAUAUGACUGUCUUAAAUGGAUCAGAUUUUGGUGGAUUAGAGUCAACAUUCCAAUAUAAGUUCUUCACCUAAAAGCAUAACCCUUGCCAUCUUUGAUGUGGCCAAUUGUGAAAAACCCCAUCUCGUUCCUGUUGUUAUCCUGUAUGCAUUGAGGAGUUGAAAAAGGAAAUCAAUCAAGUUGUCUCCAAGGCCUUCUGUGAGUAACUUUUUUGUUGGAAAAAUCAAUGCCGUUUCAAGCAACCAAAAAGAAAAUUUUGAAUCAACAUCCUCAAGCCUUUAUUGACUUGAUAUUCGGACGUAGUCUCAAGCACUUUGGCUCUCUUGUUUCUUUAUAUAAAACAUGUGUUACAAUGCAAAUCUCUUAUUCAAUAUUCUCUUCUUAGUCAUAUUAGAGCUGCAAGCAAACACACAAAAUGACAGGUAUCUAUUUGAAAGUACAAGGCUCUUUAAAUGUUAAAACAUACACAAAGUGUGCUGUGGACAAUCCAAGCGAUCAGUGAGGACGGUGCUGGAGCAGCCCAGCUGCUUGUCAAGAAGACCUGUUCUCAGUAGAUGGGCUCUGCAUGGAUAUUGUGCUUGAGUUGACAGAGGGCCUCCUCCAGCAAUUGAGACCUCAUCGCUGACCUGUGCACUCAGCUAUGGACCCAUAUACGAGACUGAGUGGAGUAGGGGCUGGAGGUGGUAGCAGCGCCGCUCCGCUACCUUGCGGUAGCAAUGGUUGCUCCUGUGGCCCCCCACUUCCCCCUGCGCUCCCUGCAAAUACAACUUCAAAGCUCUGUAUUACACAGGCAGAGAACAGCAGCAGCUGGAACUCAUCGACCCUUUCCUCUUCUGUGGAGUCCCCAGAUUCCCAUCAUCAUGAAGGGAGUAACACUUUCUGGAUGGCCGUGUUUGACUAUGAGGCCACAGCAGAUGAGGAGCUGACCCUGCGGCGUGGCGACCUACUAGAAGUACUCUCCAAGGACUCUAAAGUGUCUGGAGAUGAGGGCUGGUGGACCGGCAAGAUCCAGGACAAGGUAGGCAUAUUCCCCAGUAAUUAUGUGACCCGACGGGACACCAGCUAUCCUGCGUUGCCCCCUGGAGGCCUGAUUGGUGGGGAGUCUCCACUGGAGAUUGAUUUCUCAGAGCUGUGUUUGGAGGAGAUGAUUGGUGCUGGUGGGUUUGGAAAGGUCUAUAAGGGUGUGUGGCGAGGUGAGGAAGUAGCUGUUAAAGCUGCCCGUCAGGACCUCGAUGAGGACAUCAGUGCCACAGCAGAGAAUGUGAGGCAGGAGGCUAGACUCUUCUGGAUGCUCAGACACCGCAACAUCAUUGCCCUGCGAGGUGUUUGCCUGCGGGAGCCAAAUCUUUGCCUGGUCAUGGAGUAUGCCCGUGGUGGGGCUUUGAACCGGGCACUUGCUGGGAAGAAGGUGCCGCCUCGGGUACUGGUGAACUGGGCAGUUCAGAUUGCGACAGGAAUGGACUACCUGCACAACCAGACCUUUGUGCCAAUCAUCCACAGAGACCUCAAAUCCAGCAACAUUCUGAUUCUGGAGCCUUUCGAGAGAGACGACCUGAACGGAAAGACUCUGAAAAUCACAGACUUUGGGCUUGCACGGGAGUGGCACCGCACCACAAAGAUGAGCGCGGCAGGCACAUACGCCUGGAUGGCUCCUGAGGUCAUCAAGCUGUCCUUAUUCUCCAAAAGCAGUGAUGUGUGGAGUUUUGGAGUGUUACUCUGGGAGCUGCUCACUGGUGAGGUGCCAUACCGGGAAAUCGAUGCUUUGGCUGUAGCUUACGGUGUUGCCAUGAACAAGCUGACUUUACCUAUCCCAUCUACCUGCCCUGAACCCUUUGCACAGCUGCUGGCAGAGUGUUGGUGUCCUAACCCGCAUGGUCGUCCCGAUUUUGGGAGUAUCCUGAGGAGGCUGCAAGCCAUUGAGCAGUCUGCCAUGUUCCAGAUGCCCCUGGAGUCCUUUCAUUCUCUGCAGGAGGAUUGGAGGCUGGAGAUCCAGCAGAUGUUUGAUGAAUUACGGGCGAAAGAGAAGGAGUUGCAAUCUUGGGAGGAAGCUCUUGCACGGGCAGCCGAGGAGCAGAGAGAGCAGGAGGAGCAUCUGAGGAGGCGCGAGCAAGAAUUAGCCGAGCGGGAGAUCGACAUUGUUGAGAGAGAGCUCAACAUAAUCAUUCACCAGAUGUACCAAGAGAAACCACAAGUGAAAAAGCGCAAAGGCAACUUCAAAAAGAGCCGACUCCUCAAACUGGGAAGGGACAGUAACUGCAUUAGUCUGCCCUCUGGAUUUGAGCAUAAGAUUACGGUGCAAGCUUCACCCAGUGUGGACAAGAGGAAAGGUCAGGGUAGUGAGAGCACCACUCCUCCAGCCAGCCCAGGGGUCAUCCCUCGCCUCAGAGCCAUACGCUUGACACCCAAUGAUGGGAGAAAGACAUGGGGCAGAACAGCAGUGUGUAAAAAAGAGGACCUGGCAGGGACCAAGAAGAAGGGCCGAACAUGGGGGCCCAGCUCCACACAUCAGCGAGAGAGACUGGGUGGAGAAGACAGGUUGAAAUCACUUGGGGAGGGCAAGGUGUGGUCCUCUAGUGCUCCAAAUUUGGGCAAGUCCCCAAAACAUGCUCCCAUGACAGGGUUCUCAAGCCUAAAUGAAAUGGAGGAGAACUGUGAGUUUGAAGACAAUUCCCCAGCUCGACUUGCCCCAGACCUGAUCAAUAAUGGGGCGAUGGAUGAGGUGGGCUUAGGAUCAGCAGGUGUAGGGCCGGGUGGAGGCUCACAGGAUUCACUGAGACGCUGCAGCCAGAGGAAGAAGAGUGACCUGCUGCUGCUGGGUUGUGCCUCCAUCCUGGCCGCUGUGGGCCUUGGAUCUGACAUCUUUCAGCUGGGACGAAAACAGUUGAGUCUAGAUGAGCAGGACCAGCGAGAGGAGCAGAGGAAGAAGAAGGAGGGCCUGUUCCAGCGCACAGGCCGAUUUAGACGCAGCACCUCUCCACCCAGCCGCACGCUGACACUGUCCCUCUCCAACAACCGCCAUCAUGACUCCACCAUGCCCAGUAUGGACCCCUCUCCCUCAGUCACACUUCUUUCCCUCUCCUCCCUCUCUGACUGCAACUCCACCAAGUCCCUGUUGCCCUCUGAUCCCGAUGACUUUGCCCCGACCCCUAGCAGUGCCCUCCCAGUGGUUUCUCCCACUCCAGCAUUAAAUCCUCUGCUAGACCUGAAGGCAGAGAGCUUCAAACGAGAGCCCAAUCAGUCCCUCACACCCACCCAUGUCUCCGCAACCAUGGCACUGAACCGUGGGCAUCGCCGCACACCCUCUGAUGGUGCAAUCCGUCCUCGAGCAAAAACAGUUGUGGGGCAUCGCCGCACCCCCUCUGAUGGAUGUAUGCCUUUUCCUCCUCCACCAGCCCCCACCAAUACACCAUACACAGGUUCAUCUGAAACUCUUGACAUUCCACGCCUACCUGACCCAUCUAUGGUCUAUCCCCCUGCCCAUCGACGCAAACCCCCUCUGCUAAUCUCUAUGCCUGAGCCAGACAUUCAUACGGGCACUCUCGAGCGUCCCAAAACCCUUGAGUUUGCUCCUCGUCCCCGUCCCACCCCAACUCGGGCACGUCCGGACCCCUGGAAGCUCUUGUCUCUGUCACGGACACUGAGCUCAUCUCCCGGUAGCAGCUGUGACAGUCCGCUGGGCUCAGGAGACAGUGGAGUGAGUGCAGGGGUGAGCAUCGCCCAUAAAAGCCUCCUGGACGUGGACAUGGAAGGCCAGAACCAGGACAGCACGGUCCCUCUGUGCGGAAAAAAACACCCGCAGCCCACUCUGUGCGGUCAACAUUUCUCAUAGAGAGACACCGUUAUCACAGCCUGGGAUAAUGUACCCUUUACCAGCACUCUGUGGCAGUCGUAAAAGUGGUUCCCCACAGUUUGCCCUCUGAUUCCAGCAAACCAUGUUCUGUGGUAGGCAGCUGAAAUGGGAAAAGCUGCCCUCUGCAGUGGCUAGACAGACUCCUUCGAGACAGUUCGGGAUCCAGCUUAGAGAUAAAUGAUCUUGAUUUGUUUAUCUCAGCCUCUCUGCAAUGACUCAUUGUCUCUGAACUUAAUGGGCUUCAUAAUGGCUGAGGUCGGUUGGUUAAGUGCCAGCCUAUAGCGAGAAGCUUUAUUACAUGCAGCAGGAGAGGGCACUAACUACACCCCUGUUUCUCUGUAGGUCUGUGACCUUCCUUGUUUGUCCAUAUCUGUUAUCAUAGGCCCUGUCUCUCUAAUCUUAUCAUUGUCUCGAUGGGCGCAGACAAGGAAAUAUGACAAGCUCUUUUUUGCCAUCGUUCUAUCCAGUGUGUGCACAUUGUACAGUCUAGUAAGGGGCUGUUCACAUGGGACGUGUUAAUGUCUCUGUUUAUGCUGUUUGUUUAAGGAAUGUUCUGGGUUCAGUACAAGUUAAGCUCAAUGAACAACAUUUGUGGCAUAAUGUUGAUUUCCACAAAAAAUUAUUUCGUUUAAAAAUAAGCAGAAAUUGUGGUUACAGUAAGACACAAUGGAAGUGAAUUUGGCCAGUCCAUAAAUGCUAAAAUACACAUAGUUUCAAGAGUGUAACCACAAGAUGUAAACAUUAGACAUGCUAACAUGAUUUUAGUGCGGUAAAAUUACUUAAUAAUCUUAUCUGUGAAGUGUGUAAAGAUAUAUCCAAUAUUACAACAUUAUUGUCACAAUGACGUAACGCUGGUAAUCUAGUACACACCCUAAUGCCAUUAAAUUCCUGAUUUUAUGACUCUAAAAUAAUGUUAGCACAUAUAUUGUUUACGUCUUGUGGCUAUACCUUUUGAAACGGUGUGGAUUUGAAUGCUUAUGGACUGGCCCCAUUCACUUCCAUUGCAAGUGCCUUACUGUAACCACAUUGCUUAUUUAUUAACGAGGGACCAGUGGAAAUUAGUUUUGUUUUAAAUAACAUCAUGCCACAAAUGUUGUUGAUUGAGCUUAACUUGAAUUGAAGUUCUGUUUUUAUAGAUGUCUUUGACCAUUGCGCUCUGUAAGUGCCCCAUUUAUAAGAUGCCAUGUCAAGUUAAAAACACUUACAAUUUUAAAAACGAGUUUUGACGUGUCUGCAUUCUGUUCUGUUAUGUUGCGCCUAGCUGUUUUCGAAUUCAAGAACAAGUCUUGUGUGAAUGGCUGUCUAAUCAUUUCUUAUUUAUAACCAGGGGAAUUGUGAAUGAAGUUCAUUGUGAUGGUACGGGAUCACAAUGGUACAUUGCUCUUUGCAAGUUGCAUUCAUUGUAAAAUAUUGUCAAAAUACAAAAAUAGGUGUACUAUAAGAUUGUUAUAUUUUUAUUUGUGGAAAAAAAUGACAUCUCAUGGACUCUCUCCAAGACAUAAUCAGAUUGUGAGAGCAGUCAAAAUGUGAAACUAAACGUGAUUUGGUGUGCUGUGCUCAGAGCAGAGGCUUUCUUAUUGUGCAUUUGUGAGUGUGUUUGAGUGCAUGUCCGUUUGAAUGAACCCUGGAUGAGCAAACCCUUGCUCUGCUCAUAUAUUGUCCUCUGAAAUAAAAAUCCUUUGAAAAGCCUCCUUUCUUCUCAAUACAAUGAUAGCUCCCUUGAGGACCAUUAUGAGGAGAGCAGAAGGCAGAAAUGGGAAAAAUAGGGUGUUUUACAAUUACAAUUUGCAAUAAAGAUGCAACAAUGUACUACCUAUCUUUUUAUUAUUGUGUACCAAACAGCCAGACGGACCUCCUUAAUUGGAACCCCUGACGUUCUUCCUCUGCCUAUUCAGCAGUUCAACUCAACAGAAAGGAAUAGUAUGCAUGUUCACAAGAUCGUAACAUGCAUCACCACUGGGCUUUUUGAAGGACACUGUCAUGUCAUGUGAUGACAUCAUAAUGACGUUAUUCUGUUGAUGGACUUGACUUUGCUGAGAGACACACCGGAUGUUUUUCAACUUCUUUGUGCUGAACUGUUUAUCCUGGUAGUAGACAGUUUUUUUUUUUGACUGUCCACCAAUGAGAAUGCCUGUACAUGUGUGUGAGAGUGGGCAUGUGCAUAAUCUGUUCUUAUUGUUCUUAUUUGUAUGGGGUAAUUCUCUUUGCAGGGGUUGAACAAACCCACCCCCUUAUUUCCUGUGAGGAAAU